AUGGCAGCUGUACGACUACGAAAAGCUUUUCGCUAUCCUGAAGAUUCAGAUGAGAAUGAACGUCCAGAACUCGAUGAGGAGGAACAGGAGCGUGUGAUCGAGCAAUUACAGCGCCAGAAUGAUGUCCGCAAUGCUCAAUACAACCUCAUAUUUACUGCCAUUCCAUUGCUUUCUAUAACGGCUUUUAUCUCACCAUUAUGGAAUGCAUCUACUCUGGAUCGUCUCUGCUCUUUCUUAGGCAUUCUUUCUCUACUGGGAACCGCUUAUAUCAUGCGCCAGUUUCCUCUUCAUCCAGAUCGAAAGGGUAAGAAACCUUUAUUUGUCGAUGAUGAGCAUUUGGUACUUGUUCGGAACUCUUUGAUCCCCGUUAAUUCUGGGCUUUGUGCACUGCUGGGAUUGUAUUUCUUUUUCGGCGCUGGUUCUACACACUGGCCUGCAGUGGAGGUUAUGCGUGAGGUGGAUCUCUCAGCUCUUAAGGAUCUUCAAUACGACCACAAGGGUGCCUAA